AUGGAUCAAGGUUCGUCAGGAAUUCGUGAUUUUAAAGCCGAAAUUAGCGAUCCAGAACAGGCGGAAGAGGCAGACGAGGCAGAACAGUCAACCGUCAACGAAAACCACACGGUACUGAACUUUAGAACCGUUAGGCGCAGUAUACCACAGAUAACCAACACUCUGGAAAUGCAAAUGAUGCAAAAGUUUCUGACUCAGUACGAGUUCCAGGACAGUGGGCCUAUCAUGAUAAACUCAACGGACGACUUCGACCCGUGGACUAAUAGUGACGAAAGCGAUGACGAACAGAGGACACUCGAAAGGACGGGCCGGGGCCCGAACAAGGUGUUUCUGUCGCGGCCAAUCAUAACGGAUAUCCCGCCGUUCAACGGCUCGUGGACGCGGUGCUUCCUCAGGAUGCCGGACGACAGGAAUUACGCGGUGAACAGCGGCGGCCCGAUCCACGUGGACGGGGUGGAAGUGCCGUGGCCGGGGUACGUCGCGUCGGCGGGGCCGAUGGUCGACUGGAUCGUUGUAACGAGUUGGCCGGCCGCGAGCGGCCGCGAGGCGUGGCGCCAGGUGUUCGUGGCGUCGGUGCUGCGCGACGAGAACUUCCAGACGGGCGACCCGCUGGACAUCCGGUUGGGGUUCGCCGACCAUCCGUUCCUGUUCCCGACGCUACGGCCCAUGCCGAACGUCGCGUACGCCGCGCUCAACGCAGCCGGACAGAUACCGCAGCACUGGUUCCCGGACCCGGGGACCGACGGCGACAGCGAGUGGGACGGGUACUCGCCGGGCGGCGGCGACUCCGGCGACGACGGGUACCGGCCGGGCGUCACGUGCGACCUGAUCCCGGUCACCGACUCGUCGUGCAGCUGCGAGUCCGACCCCGAGGUCCAGCCGCGGAACCGGUUGCACGUGCUGCGGCCCGGCACCGGGCUCACGGCCGCCGAUCGCUCGAAGCUCAAGGACUUCGACGCGUACCUCAGGACGUACCACUUGGGUCGGCGCAUCCGCCGGCUCGGUCGGCGCGCCAGGCGAGAAGCGCGCGAUGCGUUAGACGGUCAGCCGGUCGACGAGCAGGAACUGGCGGAGCUGCAGUCCGCGGCCGGGCGAGAAGCACGCCGGAAGUGCAUCGAGCUAUGGCACCGGGACGUCGAGGUGUCGGGCAACCAUCGCGCUGUGCACAAGGUGAGGCGGCAUAUCGCGCGGCUGAAGGACGCUCGAUCGAUAUCUUUCGCGAUGCUUCGGCUCAUCGAGCAACUGACCACGCUGCGACUCCUCAACCUUCGGCUGACGCUCCGGUGGCAAACGUUUGAAACGUGGAAACAUUUUUACUGCGACCCGGUUGACGCACCGCCGUUGAAGUUGUUCGGCUGGUUGUCACCAGUCAAACUGCCCGAACAGAACGAAGUCUGCUGUGGAGAGACAGUCUUAAUGUCUUUAAGGCCGCUUACAUUUUAUGAGGCGGCGAUCGGCGACACUAGCACUACAACAAGCGACAUUUUCGACAAUUAUUUAGAAAUUACAAAUGCUACUGAUCGCAAAGGGACCGUGGAUGAUUCCUUAAAGUAUAGACUGCACCUGGAUUGGUUGAACUACGUUGGUGCUUUAGAACCGUGUUGUGUCCGGAAAUUGAUUGAACCACCUACGUACGAGGCACUGAAAAUCUAUGCUUUAACGUUGGGUUACUCGAACUAUGAUCAAGUACUUGAUGUUAUGUCUAUGACCGACUUAAUGAAUUUACAACAUACUGGUCGAUAUAAGAUUAAGCUGAUAGAUCGGGUAGAAUUAAUUAAACACGAGAGACCUUUAACUCAACAAUUUAGCGCAACAUCCAAUAAUAGCGAAGACCGCAAUACAGAUGUUUAUAAUAAUGAUGACGUCAUAGUCAUCGACGACAAUAAUGAAAACAAUCAUUAUUUUUCACCAAUACCAGAGGAAGGACGACUCGGAUGUAGUGAACCAAACGAUUGGGUCAGUGGAAAUAACGAACGAUUGCAGGCUUAUACAGGUGACCGUUUCGUUAAUACCAAUGAUGAAGUGGAAAAUAGAAAUGAAUCAAUGUCAGAUUUAAGUACGGAUGAUUUUUACAUCUCCGGAACUGAUCCAUUAUGGUCGUGUACUUUGGUAAAUCAAUUGAAGCAGGGGUUUUUGAUUGCAAUUUGCCUUGACAUCGACGCUUCUAAGAACAUUCCGAUUAUGAAUGGUGGAAAAAAUGCACAUUGGGCACUUUUAUGUGGCGUGAUUAUCGGCAAGCCAUAUGAUGAAAUUGAGGAAAACCCAAGUACGUGUCCAUCAUCGUGUUAUGUAAACUACCCUCAUGAACCAGUAAGAAUGAACUUUGACGAUAUGGAUGACAGUAGUGACGACGAAACAUUAAAACUCGACAAAAACUGGAACGACGACACGAAAGAUUAUUGUCUAUGCGAAACGGGAGAAUUAAAAGUGGAUCCUCAAUAUGUAUGGGUGUUUGUUAAACACGGCAAUCCGUUGGGAAACUACAAUGUGUGGCCGCUUUUAGAUGUGAUCAAAAGCAAUAAUCAAAUCGGAUUAACAGAUGGGAAUGGUCAUCUGUCGCUUUCGGCCAAUAAAUAUAUUUCUUUUGAGCCGGUUCGUCAACCGAAAACUGUGACCAAUAACAUACAUUGUUCAAAACCUUUCACGAAAAUAGACCCAUUAUCACCUGUUCAACUUUUCUUUUCGAUGAAAUCGCAUCCGGUUCCAUUUAAGCCAAUUGGGAUGGCUGCCCUACGUCAUGAAAUCGUAUCGACAUUGCGGGCCCAAACGAACGGUCCGCGUACAUCGACGUUCAUGCCACAAAAUCGACGUUUUUGGCGCAUGGCCCGGCCGCGCCGUCGCCUUCGUCGCCGGCCGGUGUCGCAAGUUUCAGAAUCGGAAUCGAUGCUUCAUAGGUCCACAGAGGAACAUCUUCCUCGAACAUCCUCCUCUUCGAGGCAAUCGUCCUCUGUAGAAAUGUCUAUAGCCGCCCGUCCGGUGUCCACAUCCUCGUCGUCGUGUGCUUCAGAAUCAGGAUAAACUAUUCGUAGUACCAUAGAACAACGACCCAAAAGCCUACCUAAUGACAAAGAAAAAGUCGUAACCACACUGCUCCGACGAUCGGAUUCAUUUAAAGUUCUGACAGCUGGUUUUUAGCACUUAAAUUGGACACUCGAA